UUCUCGUCUUCCUAAGCUUUCCAACGUAUCGAAGAAAAUUUCGCCAAUAAUUCGCACUUAAAAACGCAACCAGAAUCUUAAUCUUUCACCAAUCCGAAGUGUCCCAAACGACACCAAGGAUAGCUCAUGAAACAAGGAUAUCCCGUGAAAUUCUUAACCUUCGAGCGCGGAAAUCUUAACGAUCUUCUUACAAUUCAUAUUUUUGCAUUGCAUCCCUCCCCUAGUUGGGAAGUGACAAACAAUAGACACGUUCACAACGCCUUUUGAUUGGAAGAAACAAAACCACAUUCUAUUGGUUAGUAGUUGUGAGGACAUAGCUACAACGGAGGACACAACUGCAACGCUAUCUACGUUGACUCCAAUAUGGCCGAGGUCCGUGUAGGGUGCGGUUGAACUCUAACUCGAAAGACUUGUUUGACGUUUUCUAAGCGGACGAUUCUCGCCAAGCAAAUCAACUUGAGCGUUCUGAAGAGGACCUUAGUUUUUCUUCGUCAUGGAUGAAACCACAUUGCCCAUGUCACAAGACGUAACCUUUUUGGCUGUCCUAUGUCAAACGAAUGUUCCUGGUGAUUUGCUCCUGCGGGUGUUCUGUUUUGAUGAGAAGACUCAGCUAAAUGAGGUGGAAAGUUUUUUUUCUGAACACAGUGUACUUUCGAGGGGGGGAGGUUCUUCAAUUCAAUCUGUCUCCUCGGAAGCCGUGAUACAGGUCAUCAUUCAUGGACUUGAUGCGCCCUCAAAACAAUCUGGUUUGAAAUUAAGAUACUUGAAGGGUCAAGUUUUUCAAGACAGUAGUUUAAUUGUCCACAAAGAUGAGAAUUGCAUUCUUCAACUAGUUUUCAAACUGGAUCAAAGUGCUGAAAUUUUGAGCACAGUAACUCUAGCUCCAAUACAGGAAACUUCUAAGCAGGUCACUGCCAUGGAUGACACUGUUGUCAAACAAGGUUUACCAUCACAUCAUGACCUGGAAGAUUUGAGUACAAAUAUCGGGAGCAAAUGGGAACAACUAGGACGUAGACUGGGCUUUUCGGGAGAAGAGCUUGAUGGGAUUGACAGGGAUAAAAGGCUCCUUUCACAGAAAGCAUAUCAGAUGCUGAAGGAGUGGAAAGAAAGGAAUGGGUCUGAAGCAACUUACAAGAUUUUGUACGCUGCUCUAAGCCACAGACUUAUUUGGCGUGAAGACUUGGCUGAGAAGUAUUGUGUACUAUCACAUGAUGAGCUGGAAGAUUUGAGUGCAAAUAUUGGGAGCAAAUGGGAACAACUAGGAUGUAGACUGGGCUUUUCGAGAGAAGUGCUUCAGGAGAUUCACUUGGAUGAAAGGCUUCUUUUUCAGAAAGCAUUGCAGAUGCUGAAGGAGUGGAAAAAUAGGAACGGGAUUAAUGCAACCUACCAGACUUUGUAUGCUGCUCUAAGCCACAGAGAUGUUUCGCGUAAAGACUUGGCUGAGAAGUAUUUCAAACAAGGUUUACCAUCAUAUGAUGAGCUGGAUGAUUUGAGUGAAAAUAUUGGGAGCAAAUGGGAACAACUAGGACGUAGACUGGGCUUUUCGGGAGAAGAGCUUGAUAGGAUUGACACGGAUAAAAGGCUCCUUUCACAGAAAGCAUAUCAGAUGCUGAAGGAGUGGAAAGAAAGGAAUGGGUCUGAUGCAACUUACAAGACUUUGUAUGCUGCUUUAAGCCACAGGUUUAUUUCACGUGAAGACUUGGCUGAGAAGUAUUUCAAACAAGGUUUACCAUCACAUGAUGAGCUAGAAGUUUUGAGUGCAGAUAUUGGGAGCGAAUGGAAACAACUAGGAUAUAGACUGAGCUUUUCGCAUCAAGAGCUUCAGAAGAUUGACUUGAAUGAAAGGCAUCUUUCUUGGAAAGCAUAUCAGAUGCUGAAGGAGUGGAAAAUCAAAAAUGGGUCUAAAGCAACUUACCAGACUUUGUAUGCUGCUCUAAGCCACAGAUCUAUUUCACGGAAAGACUUGGCUGUGAAGUUUUCUCCUCAUUCCACUGAAGUUGAGCAAGUAGAGGAAAGUGGCUCAGCAGCCGAAAUACAAAGACCCUAUCCCAUCAUAGAACCUGGAACCUCAGGGGUAUCCAGCACUAGUAAGAAAAAGAAGAUUAUGAAGGUUUCCAAGAAAACCGCCACUGAAAGACGGAAAGCUGGAACUCCCAUUAAGAUGAACAAAGAGGAGAAGAACCGAAAAGGGUCCAGUACAACCAUCGCAAAAAAGCAAAGGCCUGAAGCUACCAAUAAAAGAAAUAAUAAGAAGAAUAAAGCUUCAUGCAAGAAAGUUCUCACCGAAAAACCAGCAACAAA